UCCCCUGCAUUGUGUUAUUUUUACACUACUGAACAACAGGCAGCACUAAAUUGCACUUUUUGUAAACAAGCAUUAAUUUCUUUUCCAAUCAUGACACUCCUACAGUGAAUCAAAGUAAACUUGAUUUUAGAAUUCCGUGAACAAUGGUUGUUGUAAUUGGAUUUGAAGGAAGUGCCAAUAAACUUGGAGUUGGUAUUGUUAAAGAUGGAGUUGUCUUAUCUAAUCCACGACAUACCUACAUAACUCCACCAGGUCAAGGGUUUUUACCAAAAGAUACAGCUAAACAUCACAGAGAGCAUGCACUCGAUGUGUUACAGAAAGCUUUAGAUGAAGCAAACAUUUCUCCAGAACAAAUUGAUGUUAUUGCAUAUACAAAAGGUCCAGGAAUGGGAGCACCAUUGGUUUCCACUGCUAUUGUUGCUAGGACUGUGGCACAGCUUUGGAGAAAACCGAUUAUUGCAGUAAAUCAUUGCAUUGGACACAUAGAAAUGGGCCGUUUAGUCACUGGAGCCGUUAAUCCAACCGUCCUUUAUGUGAGUGGAGGAAAUACACAGGUGAUUGCUUAUUCCCAGAGAAGAUAUCGCAUAUUUGGGGAAACUAUAGAUAUUGCAGUUGGAAAUUGUCUUGAUAGAUUUGCAAGGGUUUUAAAGCUGUCAAAUGACCCAAGUCCUGGUUAUAAUAUAGAACAACUGGCAAAAAAAGGAAAGAAAUUCUUAGAACUACCUUAUGUUGUUAAAGGAAUGGAUGUUUCUUUCUCAGGGUUACUCUCCUUUAUAGAGGAGAGAGCACCACAGCUGUUGGACAAGGGAGACUACUCUCCAGAAGACCUCUGCUUUUCUCUACAAGAGACUGUGUUUGCCAUGUUGAUAGAAAUUACAGAGCGUGCCAUGGCUCAUUGUGGAUCUGAAGAAGUUCUCAUUGUUGGAGGUGUUGGCUGUAACAAGCGACUACAGGCCAUGAUGGAAGUCAUGGCUAAAGAGAGAGGUGCCAAGCUUUAUGCUACAGAUGAAAGGUUCUGCAUUGAUAAUGGCGCCAUGAUUGCCCAAGCAGGAUGGGAAAUGUUUUGUUCAGGACAGACAACUCCACUCAAGGAGACAUCUUGCACACAAAGAUUUCGAACAGAUGAAGUUGAAGUUACAUGGCGAAGUUAGCUUGACCUUUGAGAAAGUCCAAAAAAAUUCAUUGAGAAGUACAGGUGUCAUUAUCAGGAUCAUAAGACAACCUACAUUAUGUCAUAUUGUCAUAUCUGACAUUUUAAAAAGAUCUCCUGUCCAUAUCAAAAUUAUACUGUAUGGAUACUUGUACCUUCUCCGUCAGAGUGUUAGGCUGUAUAACAAAAUGAUAAUUAUACAGCUGGGUUUGAAAUAAUACAGUGUACAUGUUGUAUAUAUAUCUCUUUAUACUAUACCUGACACAGUGAUAAUCUCUUUUGUACAUUCUAAUUUUCAGUUUUUG